CUUGAGGAAUGUCGCGAGAAAAAAUAUUUACGUGGAAUAUGUUUUCCUCGAAGUUGAACAUCGCCACGUUGUUUACAAUCACCGUUAUCCUUUACGCCGACGUGGUUGUUUCGAGGAAUAUACCCGAAGGAUUUUUCCACAGUGAAGCAAUCGUAACAAAAUGGCCGACUACGCCAAAGACCGAAGUAUCCGAUGGGAAAGAAGAAAAUUCACCUGGCUGGGUGAGAAAGCAGCUUUUGAAGUUCGGUCAGGUGGCGAGUCGAAUGGGAAACGCGUUGGGAAAACACGCGACGAAGAUGUCGUCGACCAUCGAAAAAAUCUGCGAAGUCAUAAAAACGUUUUUGCCCCUUCUGGCCGCAGUUUGUCACGUGGGGCAGUUCGCAUUCUGCGCGGCUGCCGACGAAGUGCCGUCAAGAUUUUCCGAUGCCGUUAGCAGCAUGGAUUUAAGCGAGUUAGACAGAUAAGAUGGUUACGUGCGCGCUCCAGAUUUUUCCUAGAAAUUCGCAUGUCAAACAAUAUAAUUAUACGUAGAUAAAAUAGGUAAAUAAAAUCAUGGUCUUGACAAUAACAAAACGGGGAACCACUACAGUUUAAUUCGUUCCAAGAGGCUUGACAAAUUCAUAAUAAUUCUUUUAUUUAAACAUAAAAAGCGAAAUAGUGUCAUAACAACAAAAAAAAAACAGGAAAAAACCAAUAUGAAUCUUGCCCAAACAAUUCUCUAAUUAACACUAUCCAGAAAAAAGAGGCCCGUCAAAAUCGCGUCAUUGUGACAUAAAAAGGGAUGUCUCAUUAACAUCACAAACAUGAACUCAGAAUAUCAUUGUAAGUCAAAUUCACUCCUGCUAACGUCAUAUAUAACCUGAAUUUCGUCAUUUGGUGACUAAUUGACGUCAUUUUGACGAUCCUCUGCUAUCUAUGUACAAUAUACCAUCAUUAUAUCAAUUAGUAUGUCAAACACUACACGUUUGCUGUUUUUAAUACUUGGAUGAGUACAUGGGUUCCUCUGCAUAUAAUUUCGGAAAGAAUUAUAAAAUUUGAUGCAUUCGUAACUGAAAGUUCAUGUCUAGGGUAUAAAUAAUUAUAAUUUUCUGGUUUUGCCCCUCACUCGUGGCAAAUAGGUGCCUAUUUUUGAAGAUAUUUAAAAUGAAUUUCUAUAUGUAAAUUCCAGUAGCCGCUAGAAGUUUGUUAUUUUUAAAGUUCCCCCUACAUGGCUGCCUAAAAUUCAUUUUAAGAAUAAUUCUUAGUAUUCUUUUCCAUGCUUCUUCAAUUUCCACAUGAGGUUUGAUAUUUGAUAUGACACUGGAAUUCAAAGUGGUAAACAGCUAUUUUGGUUUGAAAAUCUAUAUAUUUCUGUACAACGCCCCGAAAAGGCAACUGACGUCUUCAUUCCGCGAUAAUAUGUUAUCUAAAAUAAAUACAUAGUUUGCUAUAAAAGAUUUUGGUUCGAUCUUGUUUUGGCAGGAUUUAUUUUAAUCAUAAGAAUAUUUCUUUGGUCAUUAUUUAACACUAGCUUACGCGCGUCCCUCAUUGUUUUGCUUUCUUUAGAACAGAAUCUCUGGUAUCAUGAAGGGAAUUGACACUAUUGGUCCAAAUUCAUCAGUACACUUAUUUUAAUCCUUAUUUUAAAUUUAAA